GUGUUUUAUUUUUUAACAGUUUGUUGCAGGGACUGGGUUAAGGAUAACAAGAUUUCCGUCGUGAUUUAAAAAAAAAAUAUUAUUCUAUAAGAAUGUCGUUUCAGGAGUCGUCAUCUCGUCCAUCCGACGAAGCUGAGGAGUCUUUCUAUGUGCAGUGCAGAGCUGCGUACCUUUCUGUGUUCAGGUCCAGUUUAACAAAUAUUACUUCGAAGCAGCAGUUAUGUCGUGUUCUUCAACAGGCUGGUAGAAAUCCCUCACAAGCAUCGCUCAGUAAAUACUGGACUAAGACAACAUCUAAAAUGAACUUUGAUGACUUCUGUGAGAUCCUCAAGCAUGAGAAAAAAAUGGAGGAGACGGAGCUGAUGAAAACAUUCAAAAAAAUGGAUGUGAAAGGUGAUGGCUUCAUCACUUACAGUGAACUGGAGAAGACUCUAACUACUAAAGGGGAGAAAAUGACAUCUGAGGAAGUGAACUCUAUUUUUUCAUUAGCAGACUUCUGCAAGGAUGGCAAAAUGGAUUACACACAGUUCUGCAGGCUGUUUGUUUCUACAGUGGAGCAGUGUCAAAUGGCUGCUUUGGAGAAGCUUGAAGCUGAUGCCAAGCUGAAAAGGCAGAACUUUGGCAGCCAGUCUUACAGCCCUCCAAAGGCACCGCCAUCAUCUUUAGAAGCAGCUGCAGAAUCUGGCUCCUCGCUUAAGAAAGACGGCCGUUCCUCCUCCCGUCCUCUUUCUGCUCGCAGCAGACGGUCCUCUCUGUCAAACUCAGUCACAAUGACAUCCAGCAGCACCAAGGCCAGCAAAAUCACAGAACCUCCAAGUUUGCAGGAGUGGCAUCACAACUUUAUGAAAGGAUGCUUCUUUGUAGAGGAUGAUGGGAGUAUCGGCUCUCUGCAGUACCAGCUCCAUGUCCCGCAAACAACCAGCGUCUACCUGACCAUCCAGCCACUGAGCCUCAGCCACACACCCAACAAGUCUUCAUCGUGGACGAUGGUGGACACAGCUCUUUUUGUUUCGUCAGCUGGUGAAACCAAAGAGGACUCGACUUUAGUCUGUUUCACUGAAUCAAAAGACAAGGAAAAGUAUGUUUGGAAAGGAGAAUUAAAUGCAGGGACAUACCACCUGCUUCCCUUCACCAGUGGCUGCAGAUUAAAGAAACAGAGCAAGACUCAUUUUUCUAACAGAUCUGUGGAACUAGUCUACAAGACUGACACCGAAGAACUAGAUCUCACCAGAGAGUUUAGGGAGGUGCUGUCGGACAUUUUUGAGGUGAUCGAUCUGGAUGGAAAUGGUUUGCUCGGCCUGGAAGAAUACAACUUCUUUGAGCUGAGGACCAGUGGGGAGAAGUGUGACGAAGAAGCCUGGACUGUGUGUAAAGAAAACUUUGAUAUGAGAAAGAACCAGCUGACACGGCAGGGUUUUAUGGAGCUGAACCUGAUGGAAGCCACAGAGAAAGAUGGCGACCCUGCAGACCUGUGGGUCACCCUGGAAGCCAUGGGCUAUAAUCGGACGCUGGAGCUAGUAGAGGCGUGUCCAUUCCAGAUAGAUGUUUACUGUGAAGACUGUCAGCCGUCCAUGCAGCCACUCAACAUGGACUCAGGACCCAAACUUCUGAACCAAGCCCUCCAGAAGUCUAUCACUUCUAGGACAGGAGCCAAAGCAUUGAGGGGUCAUGACAAUGUUUUUGUCUACACUUACAGAGGAGAGCACAGGAUCUCUUCCCUCUUCGUCAACAAGUCCAGUCAGAGAGUGACGGUUCAUGUCAACAAUGAGCAGAGCAGGAACUGCUGCAGCAGCAGAGGCAUGACUGUGUUUGCUGUGGAAAUACCAGCCAGAACUAAAAUGGUGAGCCAACAUGUGUUACCUGUUAAUGAGAAGCAGGACUGGACCUAUAACUGUGUUGAGACCAUUCUACCCAGCACAUAAAGCUGCACUUUCUUCUGACAUGUAUGUUUUAUGGACUGUGGGAGGAAACUAGUACCUGGAGAAAACCCGUCAUUGCAUGGGGAGACCAUGCACACUUCACACAGAGACACCCCGGCUGAGGCACAAUGUCAAACAUUUAUUUGUUCUAUUUACAAUCAGAUCAGUUGUAGCUGCUUAAUUUACUGUUUGGUUUGCACUCUGUGAAAUGUGAAACUACUGGUCAUGAUUAUUCUAAUUUGGCCGUGAGGCUCUGGGU